AUGGAGCUGCUGCAGCAAACAAAAUCUGCCAGUUCAAACUGGUGCUGCUGGGGGAGUCGGCGGUGGGCAAGUCCAGCUUAGUGCUGCGCUUCGUCAAAGGCCAGUUUCAUGAGUUCCAGGAGAGCACCAUUGGAGCUGCUUUCCUCACUCAGACAGUCUGUCUGGAUGAAACCACUGUGAAGUUUGAGAUCUGGGACACGGCAGGCCAGGAGCGCUACCACAGCCUGGCUCCCAUGUACUACAGAGGCGCCCAGGCAGCCAUUGUGGUCUAUGACAUCACCAACACGGACACUUUUACUCGUGCAAAAAACUGGGUGAAGGAGCUUCAGAGACAAGCCAGUCCCAACAUUGUGAUUGCUCUGGCUGGCAACAAAGCAGACAUCUCAGAUAAGAGAGCUGUGGAGAAUCAGGAGGCACAAGUGUAUGCUGAUGACAACAGCCUGCUCUUUAUGGAGACUUCAGCCAAGACUGCCAUGAAUGUUAAUGAAAUUUUCAUGGCUAUUGCAAAGAAGCUACCAAAGAGCGAACCUCAGGGUGGAGCUGGUCAGGGGGGCAGGACGAGGACAGGAGUGGAUCUACAAGAAGCCCCCCCUCAGGGUCGCAGCAGCCAGUGUUGCGGCGGUCAUUAACAAAGUACAAAUUGAUGAACUUAGCAAGCGAGCCGUGAACAUGUGAGGAUGAUAUGUAGCCGAAACCCUGACAGGCAAGAGGGAGCAGAGCCCCUCGCUUUUCCUGUACAUAAUCUCAUUUUACAGAUGUGAUUAUCUGAAUCUCCUUCGAUUUAAAGAACUUUUAAAAAUGAAUCAUAAGCUAGAGGGAAUUCCCAGCAUCCCUCAGUACUUUUCUCUGGUCUUUCCUUCAUCUGUUUGUCCACCUUCCUGUUCAUGUUCAGCUUGCUUUUCUAUUGAUUGCUUUACUUUUCUGAAGCGUGAUGAGAUUGUUGACAUUUUCUCUGUAUGUUUAUAUUUGUGUGUUCUAAAUGUGUAUGUGUAUAUAGUUUGUAUAUACAAUAACAUAUGCACACACAUUGUCUAUUCCUGUCAUUUCCCUCUACAUUGAUUGAUAUGACAUCUACAAAUACCCAAAUGUUAAAAGUGCUGAUCAGACAUGCGACAGAGUGAUUUAAACGUUUUGUCUCACUGCAGUUCAUUUGCACCUGGAAUUAACACGUAAUAACUUGUUUAUAGUGACGGCUUGCUUUGUGUCUACGCCUUGUACAAAAACAAAUUCCUUUGAUCUUCCCGCACCUGUUUUCGUUUCGGUUAAGUUGGCAAGAAAAUGCGGUGCCUCUCGUUACUUGUAAGCGGCUGCAGUAAUUUUUCCGUGAGGACAGACUUAGUUGCUGAUCAAAAACUUCACAGGAAGGCAACAGUUAGAAUGAUGCUUUUACUGUGACAGAGUGAAGCAUGUGGUCAGGUUGUACUGACUGAACUUUACACCCAGGUGAGAUUCUGUCACAGUUGAAGUCAAUUCCAGCUACAAUCUGACUGAUUCAAAAUCACACCGAUUCCAAAACAAACGUUUUACCCCUCCUGUGUUUUUCUUUACUCACAUGUCUCUUUAUGGACACCAAACAUUGAUCUGUUAGAAAGGAACUGUAUGUUUUAUUCCUGAGAAACACCCAAACCAAAAUUCAGUUUUUAAGAUUCUCAAACAUUGGCCUAUUGAUUUGAUUCAUACACAAAUGAAAAUGCUUCUAAACUGUGUACCAAAUGCAGUUGUGUUCCAUUUACUGCGUUGAUAACUAACAAAAAGCUGUUGGUCUUUUUUUAUUUUAGAAAUGUAAAAUAACUUGUAAAUCAAAAAAAUAUUAAACAACAUGUACUACUCCU